GCCGGGGCCCAUGUGGGGAGGAGUCGGAGUCGCUGUUGCCGCCGCCGCCGCCUGUAGCUGCCGGAGCCGGGUGGGAGUGAGGGGGACACGGCAGGAUGAAGUUCGCCGAGCACCUCUCCGCGCACAUCACUCCCGAGUGGAGGAAGCAGUACAUCCAGUAUGAGGCAUUCAAGGAUAUGCUGUAUUCAGCUCAGGACCAGGCACCUUCUGUUGAAGUUACAGAUGAGGAUACAGUUAAGAGAUAUUUUGCCAAGUUUGAAGAAAAGUUUUUCCAAACCUGUGAAAAAGAACUUGCCAAAAUCAACACAUUUUAUUCAGAGAAGCUGGCAGAGGCUCAGCGGAGGUUUGCUACACUUCAGAAUGAGCUUCAGUCAUCACUGGAUGUUCAGAAAGAAAGCACUGGUGUCACAACAUUGCGACAACGCAGAAAGCCAGUGUUCCACCUGUCCCACGAGGAGCGUGUCCAACAUAGGAAUAUUAAAGACCUUAAACUGGCCUUCAGCGAGUUCUACCUCAGUCUCAUCCUGCUGCAGAACUAUCAGAAUCUGAAUUUUACAGGGUUUAGAAAAAUCCUUAAAAAGCAUGACAAGAUCCUGGAAACAUCUCGUGGAGCAGAUUGGCGAGUGGCUCACGUGGAGGUGGCCCCAUUUUAUAUAUGCAAGAAAAUCAACCAGCUCAUUUCUGAGACUGAGGCUGUGGUCACCAAUGAACUUGAAGAUGGUGACAGACAAAAGGCUAUGAAGAGAUUACGGGUCCCUCCAUUGGGAGCUGCUCAGCCUGCACCAGCAUGGACUACUUUUAGAGUUGGCCUAUUUUGUGGAAUAUUCAUUGUACUGAAUAUUACCCUUGUGUUUGCAGCUGUAUUUAAACUUGAAACAGAUAGAACUGUAUGGCCCUUGAUAAGAAUCUAUCGGGGUGGCUUUCUUCUGAUUGAAUUCCUUUUUCUACUGGGCAUCAACACAUAUGGUUGGAGACAAGCUGGAGUAAAUCAUGUCCUCAUCUUUGAACUUAAUCCAAGAAGCAAUUUGUCUCAUCAGCAUCUCUUUGAGAUUGCUGGAUUCCUGGGGAUAUUGUGGUGCCUGAGCCUCCUGGCCUGCUUCUUUGCUCCAAUUGGUGUCGUCCCUAUCUAUGUGUAUCCACUUGCCCUUUAUGGGUUUAUGGUCUUCUUUCUUAUCAACCCCACCAAAACUUUCUACUAUAAAUCCAGAUUUUGGCUGCUUAAACUUUUGUUUCGAGUAUUUACUGCUCCCUUCCAUAAGGUAGGCUUUGCUGAUUUCUGGCUGGCCGAUCAGCUGAACAGCCUGUCAGUGAUUCUCAUGGACCUGGAAUAUAUGAUCUGCUUCUACAGUUUUGAGCUUAAAUGGGAUGAGAGUAAGGGCCUGUUGCCAAGCGAUCCGCAAGAACCAGAAUUUUGCCACAGAUAUACAUAUGGUGUGCGAGCUAUUGUUCAGUGCAUUCCUGCUUGGCUUCGCUUCAUCCAGUGCCUGCGCCGGUACCGUGAUACAAGAAGAGCCUUCCCUCAUCUAGUAAACGCUGGCAAAUACUCCACAACUUUCUUCACCGUGACAUUUGCAGCCCUUUACAGCACUCACAAAGAACGAGGUCACUCUGACACCAUGGUGUUCUUUUACCUGUGGGUCGUCUUUUGUAUCAUCAGUUCCUGCUAUACCCUCAUCUGGGAUCUCAAGAUGGACUGGGGUCUUUUUGAUAAGAAUGCAGGAGAAAACACUUUCCUCCGGGAAGAAAUUGUAUACCCUCAAAAAGCCUACUACUACUGUGCCAUCAUAGAAGAUGUGAUACUGCGCUUCGCUUGGACUAUCCAAAUCUCUAAUACUGCUACCACUUCUAAGCCUCAUGUUGGGGACAUCAUUGCUACUGUCUUAGCCCCCCUCGAGGUUUUCCGGCGAUUUGUGUGGAACUUCUUCCGCCUGGAGAACGAACAUCUAAAUAACUGUGGUGAAUUCCGAGCUGUCCGGGACAUCUCUGUGGCCCCCCUUAAUGCGGAUGACCAGACACUACUUGAGCAGAUGAUGGACCAGGAGGAUGGGGUGCGAAACCGCCAGAAGAACCGGUCGUGGAAGUACAACCAGAGCAUAUCCCUGCGCCGGCCUCGCCUGGCUUCCCAAUCCAAGGCUCGAGACACUAAGGUGUUGAUAGAAGACACAGAUGACGAAGCUAACACUUGAAUUCACUGAAGUCUAGAGUAACACCCUGGGUUUCCUACUCUACAAUUCUUCCCUCGACCAACUCAACCUCCAGCACCUUUUUCCAGCUGAGAACAGGAGAAAACAGAACGCGUUCCGGGCUCUUCAGAUCGGGUCCUAUGGACUCCGAGCAAGCUCACUGUGUUUCUUUUCUUUUCUUCUGGUUUAAUCUUCAUUUUCUAUUUUUAAAACAAAUACUUCAUUUUGCCAAUCAGAAGAUGUUUUAAGGAACAAAAACCUAAUAUCUUACAGACUGUUUACAAUCACAAAGAUGCAGACGCCCAUCAAUCAGGAUGGAGAACAGGCAUUGGAGGGAACCUCUGGUGCACAGCAUGAGAUAGCUCAGCUUCUGGGCCGGUUUUGACUGUUUGAAACCGGACACCGGUUUUUAAAUUUUCUGUCAGUUUCUAUGGAGAGUUUUUCCCUUCCUCCAUAGCCAGCGCUGAGGCACUGGCAGCACUUGCAGGGAAAGUGCAGCUUGGAGCAGCGCCCUCCCCUACAAAGCUACUUUUAAUUUGAUGUGACUUUUCUCAUGGGGAGGGCUUCGGGUGGGUGGGGAAUAUGAUGUAUUCGUUACGUACAGUUUCUCGUUAUUUAUGAAACUUAACCAUAAAUGAAUGCUACUCCUCUGAAGAGAGGCAGGAGAAACUAAAGGCUGGCUGGCAUUGCUGAGGGUCAAGCCCACAUAGCUCUUUGCGGAAACAACUUGUAUCAGUUUGAUUUUUUUUCCCUCAUUUGUUUUAACUUUAAGCCAAAGUUUUAUUGCUAAAUUUUAAGCUGCUGCUCUAGAGUCCCAAGCACCACUGUCAUGACCAGGCAUCCCUCUUGUGUCCCAGUAGUGGACAUUCAGAGAAGAGGUUCUGGCAGGUGUUUCUUUAGGAGCAGGUGCAGGAUACAGUCACCCAUACCAGUCACAGCAAUGAAGUUUUGCCAUGAGCUUCUGCAUGUAGGAGAAUUGUAAUCUUUACUGACCAAAUGGAAAGACAGGUCUAUUUCAGACUCCUCACACCUUCAUUAGACAUCUCCCCUUCAGGCCUCGUCUACUUCAGCCAGAAUUUGAUCAAAUUACAAGUCUUUUUUGGAGACUGUAUUUUUGAGCAUCUAGAACAAAUCCUCCCUCCUUUAUACCGCAUUGACAGAAAAGGUCUUGGUGGCCAUUUUAAGCCCAGAUGUAUUAAAAAGUGAUGUUGAAUUUUAUGACACACACUCACCCGUGACCUGCUUUUAAAUUUGGGGACUCUAAACCUGGUUAUACUUUUAAAAUUAUAUUUCUUAGAAAAUUCAGGGUAUAAUACCCACUUUACUUCUUUAUGUCACCCCUUUCUUCAUAAAUUCUCUAGAGAAGCCUGAAAACACACAACAUUUGACUUCUUGAAAAUGGUUAGUUUCAGAUUUGGUAUUUGUCAGCACUGGGAAUACAGAUCGUUGGUAAUAGUGACUGCCCAGCAUUCUUGAGACCCUUUAUUUUUUCUCCAGUACACGUCGGGGUGGAGAAACAGCCAUUAUUCAGUAAAAUUAAUAUAAAUACCAGGAAAAGGUAAAUGGCCCACCCCCCAGAUCCAGAUGGAAGUCCCACGUAGGAGGGUCACGAACGCUCACUCAUGUGCGCUCCUUUCAGACUGACUUUAGAGAAGCCAGUGGGUAGGAAAACAGCAUUAACACUUACUUGUUUUAAAACUUGGCUACAGCCCCUUAACUCUCGCUGUGUCGUUAGCUCCUCCUGUCUGUGUAUCAAACCUUUACUCAUAAAGUUACCACACUGCUCGAAUCCUACUGAUUCGCUCAUCAGCUUCAUUUAUAAAGUUUCUUCCAUUUUUUUGACAAAGUUCCAUUUUUUUCUCCUUUCUGAAUUGAGAUUUUUUAACAACCCUCCCCCGCCAAGAGCUCACUGAAUGUUGUAGGUUCUGUUGCUUUUUGUGUUUUGCCAAGCAUGUCCCUUGCCCCAAAACUAAAGAGCAAACGUUUAUUUAAAAUAAAAACAAAACUAUAAAUAAAUUGUAUACUUUAUAAUAAUCAGUGGUACUGAUUUAGAGACCCAUGGUAGAUUAAAGGUUGCAUUAUUUCUAUUUAGAAUUUUUUUUUUCCUUACUCUUCUGGGGUUUUGUACUUUAAAGCUGGGGAUAGAUUUCACUGGUUUCUGAGGUAACUGAGGUAAUGAUUAGGAAUAUAUAGGAAAGUUCAGUGACCAGUCGUUUCUUGUACAAAUAAAAUCAGGGGUACUGUGUACCCAGAGCCCUGUGCGUUGUCACCUUCUUUCUCUGGUAGUGAGCCUGUAUGGCGGCACACACAGACUCACAGUUGACUUCCCGUAGUCUGACUCUUUGAUGCCAGUUUGGUCUUUCUCUGCCUGCCAGGAUUCUAGGCCCUAACCAGUAUUAUUUCUUUCAUAAAUGAUAAGUGAUAGAGUAUAUUUCUUUUCUGAUAUCUGUCCUGUUGACUACUCAGAAGUAAGGCUUUCCUGCUGCACAGCUUACCAUGGCAGAUGCCCCAAUAUGUGUGAAUUCAGAGAGUCCCAUUGCAUCUCCUCCUAGCUCUGAAGAGAUUACUCCAUCAAAAGACUAUAGGAAACAACGUAUGUAAUCAUUGUUUUCCUUUGAAAAAAAAAAAGCAAUGUGAGUUUUUCUUUCCUCAGUUUCAUGUGCCCUAGACACUGUGAGCAGUGUCCUGCCGAUGUGCUCUUGGACAAUCCUGUACCCUGAAACUCUUGAUGCAACAUGCCAGUGUCAUGUUACACACUAACCAGAGGUAACACCUAACUGGUUGUAGCCUCAGAACUCUUCAUUUUAGUUUUAUUUGAAAAGGACCCCAUUUUUAAUAGCGCUUGAAAUACCCCUAAAAGAAAUGAAAAAGAGACUAAAGUCCACUUUUCAUUUUAUACUCAAUGUAGAAAGCAGUGCAGUGCAAAGAGAUGCUACCAGUUUGUUGCUCACAAAUUAGCCUAUACCUGAAGCUGCCGUGACAGCUGAGGAUGUCCUCCCAUUCCAAGGCAGCUGCGUGAUCAGAGAUGAAGUCGGUCCCAUAGUUGGGUGUAAUGACCAUGUGCAGACUUCUUGUCUCCAGGCCCCUGUCUGUUAGACUUCUUAAUAAACUAUUUAGCUUUAGAUUCAGGAGACACAGCGUGAAGGAUGCCAGUAGCUCAGCAAGAGCCCAGAUGAGGUCUCAGAGGAGGCCCUGCUUCCUGGAGGCCGUGACUCCCUCCACCGUUCUAAAUGAGAUCUCUUAGCUGAAUAUUAGAAGUUGCUUGUUAAUGGGUGAUGUCUUUCCAGCAUGUUUCCCUGGUUUCUGAACAGGGGACCUAAGGCAAGGCAAGAGUGGAACUGAGGCACAGAGAAGCACAUUGACAGGGAGUCAGUAAUAGAAGAAUUUCAUAGAUGACAGAGAGGACCGUGCCCCGUAGGCAGGAACAGGGCACUUGGUAAAUCAUGUGACUCGGGGUUGUGUCUUCUUGUUCUUCUAUGCCUCCACUUCCUGUCACUUGCAUUAUUUAAGAAUAGUUCUUUACUCCCAAAUUCAAUUUUCCAAGCAGUAACUACAGAGAUUUCUUAUUCUAAGGGAAAGGAUUUAGAAAUAACACUAUCUGUGACAUUAUUAUAUCAAAACCCUGAGAUUCUCUAGUGAUUACACUAUUUCAUAAAUAUGUUUUAGGUUGUUGUUUUUUACUAGUUUAAUAAAAUGUGCCUCCCUCUCAAUAGGAACUUUUUACUGUAAACAGUAUGCUUUGGUAUCUAAAAUUAAGGUAACUUCUUAGAAUAAGCAUUGAUCGUGUUGAAUCUUGAACACCCUCUGCUACAGGAACCAUACUUUUCUCUAUUCUAAUGAGCCAGUGUCAUUACUGACCAAGGGAAAAUAGAAAUUUGAGUUGCAUUUUGAAAAUGGUAAUCUGUUUUCUAAUUGUUUUUUGGUGGUCAUUCACUUAAACGUGAAUUUCUACAUUUCAACUAUCAGUCAUGAUACAGAAUGUUAAAGCUCCUAGCCUGCCUAUUUCAAAUUUAUACAAUGCCAGAACACAUGGUCGUGCGGGAUAGAGUUGAUUAUAUUGUAGCCUCAGUUUGUGGUAUUCAGUGUUAGGAGUCAGUCCCCUAGCCAGCGUUAACCACACUCUACUCAAUGACUAUUUUUUAAAAAGCAAAAACAUGUCAUUAGACCUGCAAGAGCUGAAGUUAGAGAGUACAAAGUCUGCCUGAUGGAGAAGAGGCGCUGAUGGGCGUGGCCCCGAUGCCUUUCUUACAAUGAACUUUCAAAACUGAUAACGAGUUGCCUGCCCCCUAGAAACAACCUUCAGAAUAUAUUUUCUUAUCAUGGACGAGGAAGUGAGGGGGACAAGAUGUGUUUCCCCUGAAGUGGGGAGAACCAUAUCAAUUUACAACUGAAUAUGUUUUCUUGUAGCAAACCUUCGGUUUAUUUUAUUAAACCAAUGCCAGCUUCAGUUUUUUAUACGGUGCCAUCCACCUACGGAGGACAAUCAAAUGACCUAUUGUUUGCCUUGGAGUCAAUGUCUGUUGAUUGAGUCUCAUCUUGUGUACCUUUGAACUUAAUUUCCACUUGACUCCUGUUCAUCUGAACUACCACCAGGCAGAAGGCAGCCAGCAGCACUGCUGGACAGAUGUGAACGCGUGAGAAAGGGCAGGGUCCCGCCUCACUGUCUCUCCAACGCUCUCUCUAAAGUUGUUGCCUGCACUUCUCCUGGUGCCCCUGGCAACAUUAGUUGUGUUGUGUCCUAUGCUGUGGACAGGGAGAAGGACUGCUUGUGACCUUAUUAUUGUUUUGAACUGUUAAGAUAAAAUUGUAAACCACUCCUAUUUCAGUUGCAAAAAAACCAAAACCCUUGAAGCUUUCUUACAUUGUGAAGAUUCAUUAUGUGGGAUUUCUGGGUUCGCACAAAAGCUUGUAUCAAUGAAGAGUAUUUAGGAGGGAAAUAGGGUGAAACUUGUUACUUUUGUUUUCAAACCCUCUCCCUCUGCUGUACACACACACACACACACACACACAAACCCUCACCCUCUCCACGCCGUGUUGGUCAAAUGAUGCUGUCCAGUGACUCCCUGACCUAUAGUUGUCAAGAAUAACUAUGAUCGUGAUUAGUCCUCUGUGGGUGACUCUUGCCCCGUUUGCACCCUUACUUUCUUUCCUACUCUCCACUCUGGUAAACGGAAAAGGUGACGUCAAAGAAUCAAUGCUUGCUUGGACUCAUGUCGUAUUUGUGACUAUGCUAUUAGCUGUCUCCUUUUUCCUUCUUAUAUGGGUAGAAUUCUUAUGACGUGGAGUUUCCUUCUGGAUAAGUAGGUUAAAUGCACAAUGUGGUACUGUUCUAUAGAUUCUAGAUGGUGUAAAAAGCAAAAACUUAAUGUGCUUAUGUGUUUUUAAAAGAAAAUAAGUGAUUGGUUACAAAACUCUGGCCUUUUUCAUUAUUACAAGCUCUGUUUUCCAACAGUG